AUGGCCUUUCUAUGGAAAGCCAUGGGCCUCUUGGAGGCAGUGCCGGGAUUUCCCUACACACCUAGUAGUGGCGUUGGUAGCACUACCGCUGCCACACCCACUCUUACUUGGACGAUGCGCCCCGGCGUGGGAAGCGAGGAUGGGCGGGAUGUUACUAUAUUUUCCCUCAAUUUAUCAAAGGCAGACAGCAGUGUGAAGGAAUUGGCGCGACAUGCGAUGAAGCGUGCGAAAAGCCUGCUGUUGCCGGGUCUUCUGCGCUGCUACGGGGCGGCAGAGCACCAAGAGACGGUGUACAUCGCCACGGAACCAUGUGAACCGUUGACGACUCAGUUGUUGCAGUCAUCGAACGCAUCAAGUGAUGAGGACGGGGAUGAGGAGGAGGCGUUCUUGGAGAGUGUUGCUUUGGGUUUGAAGGCUGUCGGAACAGCCCUCACUGCACUACAUCGGAAUAAUUUUGUGCAUGGAAACGUCUCCUCGGACUCCGUAUUUGUUAUCACAGGUGGGGAGUGGCGUUUGUUUGGCCUCGAGUUGGUUACGACAUUCAAUGAACCCCAUGGCAUUUACCAACGGUACGCCUCGUUGCUGCCGGAGCUGCGACGACCACCGGAAACACUCCAAUUAAACUAUGAAACCGGUAUGCAUAUAAGUAAUGUUGACUCCUGGGGAUUGGCGUGCCUCAUAUACGAGGUGCUGGGUGUGCCAAGAGAACAGUCACGGAGUCAAUUUGCAGUGACAUGUAAGGCGAAUGACAUGCGUGGGUGCCGGGAUCUUCCUCGAACGCUGCAAAGCGGCUUCAUUGGCCUUUGUGCUGCUAACCCUAAAAUGCGACACGACGUGGAACGCUUCUUGAAGAACAGCGAAUUCAUCGUUGGAAGUGAGUUUGUGCAGUGUAUACAGGCACUGGACGAUUUGUCCCUGAAGGACACCGUAGAGCGAGAACGAUUCUUUGAGCACCUCACCGAGGUUGUCGACACUUUUCCCAAGAGGGCAUCUAAGUGUUUGGUGCUGCACAAACUUCAUGACUCGUUUAAAUUUGGUGUCAUUCCAGCAGUCAUUGAUCCCGUUAUUAAGGUUGCCUCGCAAAUCACUAAACAGGAAGAAUACGACAAAUACGUGACACCCAUUAUUCUCACUCUGUUUGCUUCUCAAGACAGGAUGGUUCGAUAUAGGCUCCUUCAGCGGGCAUCCGAGUACGCGUCCUUUUUAUCGCCGACGGCAGUGAAUGAGCAAUUAUGGCCAUUGUUUGUGUUGGGGUUCAGCAACCCUGUUCCAAGCAUUCGAGAAUACACUGCGCGUGCCUUAGUCUCAUUUGCCAGCCUGUUAAGCGAAAAGAUUAUCCAGAAUGAAGUUCCUAAAUUUAUUUCUCAGUUACAGCAGGACACCGAAGGUGCUAUCCGCACAAAUGCUACGAUUAGUCUCUGUCUCAUUGCUGAAAAAAUUCCUGCGGGGAACCGUUCACAUAUCCUUGUUCACGCAUUUGGCCGUAUGCUGCGGGAUCCUUUUGUUCCCAGCCGUGCUGGGGCUCUGCGCUCCUUCCAUACAUGCUUGGUGCACUUGACGCCGCAGCACAUUGCGGAGCUGUUGAUUCCUGGUGUGGGGCCACUCACCAUGGACAGCGUUCGUGAGGUACGACAGGAGGCAUUGGAUGUGAUACGUGAGGCGCUCGGUUAUCUUGAUAAGUACAACGCUCAGGAAUCUUUACGUGAUACAAAAGCAAAUGUUGGACCCGAUGAGAACGAGACGGUGGGCACUCAGAAGGUGAACUCUUCCUGGUGGGGCUGGGGGCGAAACGCCAACAAAACGACAACGACGGUGGGUGAUGUCAAGUGUGAGUUUGCGUCCGAAGGGGGAGAAGGUAAAAGUGCAGGUUCUAUGUGCAGUAGUGGGGUUAAUGGUAUGAAUAAAUUUCAUUCGACUUCACUCGUGAACACGACAUCCGCGAAGGUAGCGAUGCCCACGACGUCGACACCGGUCACGGAUUCAGGCUUCAGCGACGAUGAAGUGUGGGGAACCAACGAUCCAGAAGUUUUUUUUAAGCCACAGAGCUCAGAAAACAGCAGUGUUAUGGAGAAAGUUCCCGGUCGGCAUGUUGACCCGAGCAUCAACAAAGAGUCAAAGACAGGCGGUGGUGCGAUGAGGCUGCGCAAAAAGGGAUUCGGAGCCGCACGUCUCUCGUAG